AUGUUGAGUGCAGCGGAAGGUGUCCUCCUUUCCAUCGCAACUAGUGAAGCUGUGCUGGGAGUUCUAGGGAACGGAUUCAUUGCAUGUGUGAACUGCACAGACUGUACCAGGAACAAGAGGAUCUCUAAGAUUGGCUUCAUUCUCAUUGGCUUGGCGAUUUCCAGAAUUUACCUCGUGUGGAUGUUAAUCUCAGAGGCAUACAUUAAGAUAUUCUCUCCAAAGUUGCUGUCUUCUACCAACACCAUUGAACACUUAACUUAUCUAUGGGUAGCUUUCAGUCAAUUGAGUUUCUGGUUUGCCACCAGCCUCAGUAUCUUCUAUUUCGUGAAGAUAGUAAAUUUUUCCCACUACAUAUUUCUCUGGUUAAAAAGAAGAAUUAACACAGUUUUUCUCUUCCUGAUAGGGUGCUUGUUUGUGUCAUGGUUAUUUUCUUUCCCAGUAGUUGCAAAGAUAGUUAAAGAAAAUAAAAUGCAAUUCAUAAACACAUCCUGGCUGAUUCACAUGAAGAAAAGUGAGUUAAUCAUUCACUUUGUUUUCACCAAUGCGGGAGUAUUUUUAUUCUUUAUGAUAAUGUUAAUUGUAUGUUUUCUGUUAAUCAUUUCCCUUUGGAAACACAGCAAGAAGAUGCAACUGAGUGAAUCGGGAGUCAGAGACCUCAACACAGAAGUUCAUGUGAAAGCAAUAAAAGUUGUAAUAUCUUUUAUCAUCCUUUUUAUAUUGCAUCUCAUAGGUAUUACCAUCACUGUAUUAUGUCUGUUCAUUCCAGAAAGCAACUUGUUAUUCAUGUUUGGUUUGACAACUACAUUCAUAUAUCCCUGCUGCCACUCACUUAUCCUAAUUCUGGCAAACAGCCGACUGAAGCAUGGCGCUCUAAGAACACUGCAACAAUUGAAGUGCUCUGAGAAAGGAAAAGAUCUCAGAGCCACAUGA